CAAUUUACAGAUAUUUCUUACGAUCAAGCAUUUUAUUUUGUCAGAGGGUUGAUGUGAGAAGACUUUGAAAGAAAGCCAUUUCUGAGGAGAUUAAGAAAGAGGGUUGAUGUGAGAAGACUUUGAAAGAAAGCCAUUUCUGAGGAGAUUAAGAAAGGUCAGAAAUUACAUUCUAAAAAAAAAAGUAAAAGCAGAACUGCACAUCUUGACCGUCCUGCUGCAGGAGUUUAUCUACUGGGUGGUGAGGAAGUGAGGGAGCCUGUGAAUUAAUAACCACAAAAGAAGACAUCUAAGCUUUCAGAUUAUAUGGUAAAGAUGCAGUGAAAACAUUUCUGAAACCUUUAGUAACAUUAUGGUGCUGUAACUAAGUGUGAUGUUUCUUUAUUUCAGACAGUUCCAUAAACUGUGAAAGCCAUGAAUUUGAUUUUUUUCAAAAAUAUCUUAAUCUUUACAAUCCUGCAACUGAUAUUUUCAUUUAUUUUGUUCUCUCUAUUUUAUUAUACUGACAAACACAAAAAAGAAACAUAUAAAGUAGACAAUGAAACAACAAUAACUUCUUCAAAACUUGAGUCAUCUUUGAUACAAGUUAAGCCUCUUAUUAUUCUCCUUUGGACAUUGCCCUAUCGGUUGCAGACCGCACUCAACCAGUGCCCUUAUCCCUUUGACACAUCUGGUUGUUUCUACACAGUUGACCGCACUUUAUACACAGAAGCUGAUGCUGUUAUUCUGUAUCACAGAGAUGUAUGUAGCUCUAGAGAACAAUUGCCCAAAAUGAAAAGACCCUCAAAACAAUAUUGGAUUUGGUUCAAUUUAGAGUCUCCAUCUCGCAGUUCCAAUCUCUCAUUAAUGGAUAACCUCAUCAAUCUCACCAUGACUUACCAGGCAGACUCUGAUAUCUUCACUCCUUAUGGAUGGCUGGAGAAGCAUGACUCACAUGAAAAUUUUACAAUUCCUUUAAAGAAAAAACUUGUAGCUUGGGUUGUUAGUAACUGGAAUCCAAACUACAGGAGGACCAAAUACUAUUUGGAGCUUAAAAAAUACAUUGAAAUAGAUAUUUAUGGUCAUGGCAAGAUGUUGCUUCCUAGGAAUAAACAAAGAAUGAUUCUUUCUACGUACAAGUUCUAUCUGGCUUUUGAGAACAGUAUCCAUAAAGACUAUAUUACUGAAAAACUAUGGUAUAAUGUAUUCAAUUCAGGAACUGUGCCAGUGGUAAUGGGACCUCCUCGUGCUAACUAUGAGCGUUUUCUACCCCCAGAUUCAUUUAUACAUGUAGAUGAUUUUCACAGCCCUAAGGAACUGGCUUCUUAUCUUCUGGAGUUAGAUAAGUAUGAUAAAAGAUACCAACAAUAUUUCAACUGGAGGUCUAAAUUCAAGCCAGUAGGAAAUACUAGUUUUGCAACCCACUGCUGUAAAGUAUGUAAAGCAUUGAAAGAGGCCCCUGUGUAUAGAACUAUUCCAAGUAUUGACAAGUGGUUCAAGUAAUGUAAUCACCAAUGUGUUGUUUUUUUUAUUGCUACACUGGUCCACACAUUAAUAAUCAUCAACUUUGGUAAAGUACAAACUUGAUAUUUUAACUAAACACAACAUUUUAAAACUCUACAUGCUAUAGGAUUAAAUAAGGAUUAUGACCUACAUUUGUUUUUAUAAUUUUCAAACAUACAUAUAUAUGUAUUUUUAAUUAUC